AUGGGCAGUCUUGCCGAAGGGGUUUCUCAAAUUCCCAUGAGAUUUCAGACUCAGGGUACCCACGCCACUUUACCAGAUACUGGUAUUGGCCCUGACGACGACGUCGUUUUAGUAGUAUCUCGACAUGAAAUUGACGACACCCAUGCUCGUCGAGCAAAGUCGGUGGCGGCCGGUGUACCGGUGGAGGCCCACGAGAAAUUGGUUCCCGAAGUGAAGGGUCUUCAAGAGGCCUUGGGUAAGUCCCAGUGCAUGCUGGAUGCGAUGCAAAGCCGCCUUCAGUCGAUGGAGCAAGCUCAAACUCGGAGCGAGGGUCAGUUGGACUUGUUGAUUUGCCUACAGAAAUCCGGGACAGUGCCCUUGUCGUCGGCGCAAGCGCCUCCAAGUUCACAUGGGAAGGAUCCCGGUACGGCUUAA